GCCGUUCCGGCAAAAAUAUUCGCGUAAAUUUUGGCGCACCCAUUGAUGCUAUCUCCGGGUGGCUAUGCCCGGCCACUACGAAACUAACCAAAAACAGCUGACGCUUUCAGAAACCAUCUUGCAAUGGCGGAAGCAGACAUCGAGGAGAUAGAAGCGCUAAAGGCCGAAUUCGAAUGGAUUUUGCAAGAAGAAGUGAACAUUGUGUUGCAGCAGCUGCAGGAUAUCAUGCUGGAAUGCUCCAAGCGUUUCCCACACUCAUUUUCCGACCAAGAAAACCUUGUCAAGACCGACAAGUUGAUUCUGAACAGUACAAGCUCUACAUCUACCCCUGAGCAAAUCAAAGUCCUGGCAACAAUGUCAGGGGAUAGCAUCAGCCAUGCAGACAUCGCACUGCGCAUUCCCAAACACCCUGGCACCACCCUAAGGACAAUAGUGCAAAAUGACUGCCAGUGGAAGCUCCAGCAGGUUCAAGACGCGGGAAACAACCUGAUGACUGCUCUGCAAUUGCUCACGCCACCGCCACCAAGCACAAAGUUUGAGUUCAAGUCUGCAGAAGAGGUCACUCAGCUCAUGACCACCGUGAUGGGUUGCCUGCAGAGGGGACGGGCGAGCCUCAUAAUUCCGAAAAAACGCACCAUUGACGAGAUUCUCGGAAGCCGGAACAUGAAGUCCCUGCAGCCACCUCUGCCUCAAGACCUGGGUGCCAGCUUCUAUGUGCAGUCCCACAAGCUCAUCUUUGCCGUGUACUAUGUCCACAAGGACUCACACGGACAGCCCAAGUUUGACGUCUUUCAGGCUGAAACAUCCGUUCCAUGGCUGAGUGAAGUCCUCGUACUGUUCACCAUAGCCUUGCAGCUCUGCCAGCAGCUUAAGGACAAGGUUGGCGUGUUCUACCAGUACAGGGAGUUCCACAUCCCGUAAUAAGAGACAAAAAGUUCACGAGCUGUGCUGUGAAAGGGUAGAGGGGAAGGUGUAUUCAUAGAGAGAUACUUAAGGAACAACAAAAUACUGCACCGGUGCACCACCAAGGUUAUACUACACCUGUGGAACUUCAGCUCCUGCAGGACGGUCCAGCUGGUGUUACCACAGUCGGCCAUAGCAGCUAAAAGUACUCAACUCGCCCAAAGGAUAUGCGUUCAUUCUUUACUCCUUUUUUUUUUCUCCCCCAGUGCUCGAAAAAAGGUCACGGAUAUCAAAGUCUAAGGCAUCUGUCUAGUGAGACAGGAAAAAGAAGGCAAUUGUACUAUGUUUAUACUGUAUUCUGGCAAGAUCGUUACGACGAUGGUCAUAUCUGGGCUUAACUCCAGUUACGACAUGGUACCUCUUGUUGCGCUAUCGACACCUGUCUUUUUGUGUGUCCAUUAGCAUUUUAUCUCUAGCACCUUGUUAUUUUCCAGACUGAUAUCUUUACCUGCAUAGGUCUAAUGAGUGUAUGUUAGCAUAAUUAAUACUUCGAACUGUUGAAAUUAAUCUGAGUUAAUUUGUUGUAACUGUCGGAAUUAACAUAAAUCAGUGUAGUGUAUAUAAUUUGCCCCAACUGAUGGGCCGGCCUAAGAAUCAGUGAUGAGCCAGAGAAAGUAAGCCCUUAAAAAUAGGCAGCAGACAGGCACUUAUGUUUACAGGGUUCACUUUCUGUUGAAGUCUUGGUGGCAAAAUUUCGUUUUUCAUUUUCUUGAGCUUUUCCAAGUAGUCCUAUACAAUGUAGAACAAAGACCAGCAUCAUUGUUGUUUGCUUUUUUUUUUUUUUUUGUAGUCACUCUCAUGUGGCGUAUACAUUGCGCGAAACAAAUUUUUGUCUGCGAAAUGUGCUUCGCGUUUGCACAUCAUUUUUAAGUGUGGGAGAGUUGUCAUCUUGCUUAAUGCUACAUCGAGAAAAAGCAGCUGUUUCGAAACGUCUUGACUUGAAAUUCUCGUGCACGCGACAAAUCAACAUCUUUUCCUUAAUCUAAGCACUUUGCAAUGGCGUUUGUAUGCAAUCUGAUGCGUAGUUUAGUGCCGUUUAUUGUUCAAGACAAGUCAGGUGUGAACGUGAUAAUUUGAAAAGCUUAACUAAGAUUGCAGCUAAACUUUGCAGUGAACAGAGCUAAGAUUAGCUUCAACUUUCUGUGAGCCGUAUGAGCUAGUUUUAGUACUGCGUACGCAGCACCUGUAACAGCAUUGCGAACGCAAGCGUGACGUUCCACGUAGAGGAUGUGUGCAGAACUUGUGCUCAUGCGCGCUAUGCAAAACGUGGCAUUCUUACGUACACAAUGCCAUUAUGGAUGCUACGUGUGCAGCACUAGAACUACUGAUCCAAUUUCAGAAGUUCAAAUCAGCCAAACCUUCGUGUUUCAGUGUUCUUGUUUCGUCUGUCUGUGAUGGAGAGAGUACUGUGGCGUCAGAGGGUCCUUCAGUCUUUGCUUCUGCCUUCGGCUACUCUUGAAGUAUACAACACGUUUCCUCAACCCUAUCUUCCUCACUUUAACCAGAAGUAGCCAACUAAUGAUGAGUAGAAUUAUGUCGUCUUAGUGUUUAAUCGUAGAUCGAGUACAUUGCAGAGUGCCCAUCGGCUAGAUAGUUUACGAAGCAAUAACUUCACUCUGCCAGCAUGCAUGCACGAUACGAAGCGCAUAAUGUGCGUGCCAGACUUGAGAGGUGUUAUAAAGCAUUGUGUGAUAGCUGCCACUUAUAGAAAAUGUUUCUUCAAAUUUUUAAUAUUCUUUUUCUGCAUGUUUGUAUUAUAGUUGGUGCAUGUAUGAUGAAGAACUCUUUAUGUAUACAUUGUUUUUGGCAUAUAUACAUUAGGUUUUACUUUUAUCACAAUGAACGCGGAAGAAAAAAGAAACCGAAGCUUGUGUUGUGGAUUUUAAAUGAGAUGCUGAAAAUAUACUCGAUUUUUUUUUAAGAAAUAAAAAAGACGCAGUAUUGUUCUUUUCUGCAGCGAUUCUGCUAUAGGAAUGCGUGUUGUGAAAUGCUGUUAGUCAUGCAACACGUUCGUUAAGCGUGCUGCUAAUUGCGUGCUUAUCGCGACCAGCUGCCAUCAUAGCACGUACACUUCAGUGGCUAAGUCUUUUCUGCACUGAGGUUUGUCUCACUCAACAUUCCUGCAUUGCGCCAUAUUGCCAGAUA